AUGGGCUCGAGCAAGGUUGCCCGGCGCAGGACUCCUGCCUCAGCACCUUGUCCAGAAUGUGGUCGUUCUUUCUCGCGUAACGACAGCUUGAGUCGCCAUCUUAAAACACACCUGAAUCAUGCAGAAGAGCGUCCAUUCCACCGAAUCAUCAGCGAGAAGUUCCGGGCCUGCAAUCAAUGCCGCAAAUCCAAGAUUCGCUGCACGGGUACCAUCCCCUGUACCCGGUGUGCACAGCUGCAAGAACAAUGUGUCUAUGAUAACAGGCGUAGAGGUGACAGCAUCUCGUGGACUGACCCUCCAGGAGCGGUGUCUGUCUCGGAUGAUCCUCGAGACAAUGUCUCGCCUGCCUCGCCAUCUCCACCACCGUCCCCAAAGAAUCAACAGACAAGAGGGCGAGUGACCGCUCAAGAAGAGGACGAUCUCCCUCUAGGGGCUGCUAAGACUCCGAAUCAUCGAUUGGAGUUGCCUCUUCCCUCACUAGAGCACACUACGGCAAUGCUUCAUCUUGCUCUGUCUCCGGAUGGCCAGACUCGAGCAGUGGAUUUUGAUGGUGGCAAGGAUCCCUCAGGCAUCCCUUCGACAUACGUCUCCCCGACCUUCCAUAUCUUGGAUCCUUAUAGUUACAGAUUGCCCUCUAUAGCCGAUUCCCGUGAAGCACCAACACCAAACAGCCAAGCAUUUGCUCAAUGUAAAUACCCCGUCCUGCAAUACUUGUCGCCAUUUCUGGAUCGGGAAUUUGGAUCUGAUCUUGCCUGCGACCUGUUGGACACUUAUUUUUCCAGCGCAUUCCUCAGUCGUAUGCAUCCUACGUGCCACCACAUCCACAAUUUCAUCUUACGAAGAAUUGAUGUCCUCCACCCUUCUCAACCUCGUCAAACUCAUCCUGCGCUUCUGGGUAGCAUGCUGUUUGUAGCUGCCUUCAGCGACAAAGCGCUGGGUCUAUUUAGUGGACCCGAAGAGAAAGAUCGAGUCUGCAAGUACUUGAGCCUGCUCACAUAUCGCCUUCUGAAUCCCGCCAGGUAUGAGCCGUUGUUGAGACAGGAAGACUUAGGGCUACCGCCCGCCUUCGGUUCGGACUCGGGAUGGAGGAACGAUGACCUACUCCGAGCCUUGGACCUCCCGAGCGAUACUCUCCCAGAGUCCUGGGGCAUGGACUAUAUUAUUGCUUUUAUUCAUGUUUCCUCGGUGAUAUCAGGCAGUGAAAAGAAGGCAGCAAGCAUCAGGUGGUGGAGUGUUGCUUUCAACCUUGCACGGGACUUGAAAUUGAAUGAGGAGGUACAGUCUGCGAUAUUACCCGACGAUGCAGAGAAUGGAUUAACCAGCUUGAACUGCAAAUGUUCUCUGAGUCAACACGCUGAAGGAGACUUAAUCAAUGAAGUCCAGCGCGAGGAGCGUCGCCGGACGUGGUGGCUCCUCUUUCUGAUGGACCGACAUUUAGCAUUGUGUUACAACAGGCCUCUUGCCCUGUUGGAGGCCGAGUGCAGAGACUUACUGCUCCCGCUGGACGAUGUCGCCUGGCAAUCGGGUGCCCAGCCACACAGCCAUGGUACUCGUGCCGAGGGACCUCGAUGCAUGUUGCUACCCUCUGGGACUGGACGCUCACACGGACCUCCAAAGACUUGUUUAGGGGUGGGCCUCUUUGAAUUCUUCUUGCCAUUGAUGGUCCAUUGUGGCACACUUCUGGAUUGGAACCGAUCGCGCCUCCAUCCCGUUCUUUCGGGCGCCUCGAUAUGGAGUUCACAAGAACGUCAAAUCUUGCGUGAGCUUGAUCAUUACCAAGCGACAUUGGACCGCGUCACAACCAGGAUGCACGCUGAGAACGAGGCCGAGAAUGAAUCCCGAUGGAAGCCAUCUUCCGCCGCGGGGGCAGAAGAACCCGAGGCAACGCAUAUUGCCAAAACUGUGGCUGGAUACGCGAGCCAUAUUGUCAGUGUCCUAAGGAUCCUGGUGGGUUCGAAAUGGGAUCCGGUAUGUCUCUUUGAGGAUGCAGAUUUCUGGACAUCUUCGUUAGGGUUCAAAGACUCCAUGUCCCACACAAUGGCCGCCUCUGAAUGCGUUACCCAGAUACUGGAAUGUGACCCGGACAUCAGUUUCAUGCCAUACUUCUUUGGAAUCCAACUCCUCCACGGCAGCCUUCUUCUCCUGCUAGUAGCAUAUCGCUUACAGGCCGAUUCCGGAAAUGCGAUACUGGCCGCCUGCGAGGCCGUCAUCAGGGCAACGGAGGCAUGUUUUGUCACGCUUCCGACAGAUUAUCAGCGACAAUUCAGAAAGUAA